CUUUUGGGCACGCGUCGGAUUCUGACUCUCGUACGCGUGUUCAUGCAAAACUAGAAACCCUACCAAAACCUUGAUUCUUCAUCGUCUCUCUGAUGCCUGUGUAGGCCACUUUGGACGGGUUCAUGUCUCUUCCCUUUCUUGCUCCCCAAUCUCAAGCUCUCGAACCAUUUUUAAGAUUAAUUUUAAGCUGGAUAUCUCAAUCUAAGGUCUAAACAAACAAUGGCAAGAGCCUAUGCUGCAGGUCUUCUUUCUGCUCUAGCGUCGGCCUCCUUAGCAGUAGAGCAUUCUUAUGCCGAUGGUCCAUUCAGCUACUCCCCAUUUUCUUAUCCUUCGUCAGCUUCGACUCAUCAAGCUUCUCACGAAGUUCCUCCACCCGAAUCAGCUGCAAAAGAGGAACCUCAGCGGGUUCGGAAUGAUUAUCCGCGGACAACGGCGUCUGGUUUCGACCCAGAAGCGCUUGAGCGAGGAGUGAAGGCGGUGCGAGAGGUUAACAGCUCUUCGCAGGGCAAAAAGGUGUUUGAGCUGAUGAAGAAACAAGAAGAGACGAGGCAGACGGAUUUAGCUGCAAAGAAAGCCCAGUUUCAGGCAUUGCAAUCUCAACAUGAGACUGAGAGACAACAAGUAAUAUAUGAAGAACAUAAGAAACUUGCCCAACAGAAGGCACAAACAAAAGCUGAAAUGGCUCGCUAUGAGGAUGAAUUGGCAAGGAAAAGAAUGCAGGCAGAGAAUGAAUCUCAAAGAGCAAGGAAUCAAGAGCUUGUAAAAAUGCAAGAAGAGUCAUCCAUCAGGCAGGAGCAGGCCCGAAGAGCAACAGAAGAGCAGAUUCAAGCACAGCGUCGGCAAACAGAGAGGGAAAAGGCUGAGAUAGAGCGUGAAACAAUUAGAGUAAAGGCUAUGGCAGAAGCAGAGGGGAGGGCCCAUGAAGCAAAGUUAGCAGAAGAGGUAAAUAAACGGAUGCUAGUAGAACGUGCAAAUGCUGAGAGAGAGAAAUGGGUUGCUGCCAUAAACACAACUUUUGAGCAUAUAGGAGGUGGCUUGCGGGCUAUAUUAACAGACCAAAAUAAAUUGGUUGUAGCUGUUGGGGGAGUGACAGCACUUGCAGCAGGAAUUUAUACAACAAGAGAAGGUGCCAGAGUGGUUUGGGGAUAUGUUGACAGAAUAUUAGGACAACCAUCCUUGAUCAGAGAAUCCUCCAGAGGCAAGUAUCCUUGGUCAGGCAUAUUAUCUCGUGCCAUGAACACACUAUCGCAUAAAGCUGAUAAAAGAUCUCCUUCCAGUAACGGAAGUGGCUUUGGUGAUGUGGUUCUGAAUGCUUCUCUUCAAAAAAGAAUUGAACAGCUUGCAGGUGCUACUGCAAAUACAAAAUCACAUCAGGCACCAUUUCGCAACAUGCUCUUUUAUGGCCCUCCUGGAACUGGGAAGACUAUGGCUGCUAGAGAACUUGCUCGCAAAUCUGGAUUGGAUUAUGCAUUGAUGACUGGUGGGGAUGUUGCACCACUGGGAUCACAAGCUGUGACCAAGAUACAUCAGUUGUUUGACUGGGCUAAGAAGUCUAAGAGGGGCUUGCUGCUCUUCAUUGAUGAAGCAGAUGCAUUUUUAUGCGAACGGAACAAGACCUACAUGAGCGAAGCUCAGCGGAGUGCUCUUAAUGCCCUCCUCUUCCGCACAGGAGACCAGUCCAAGGACAUAGUCCUCGCCCUUGCCACAAAUCGCCCUGGUGAUCUUGAUUCUGCUGUUGCUGACCGCAUUGACGAGGUCCUUGAAUUUCCCUUGCCUGGGGAAGAGGAACGCUUCAAGCUUCUUAAACUUUAUUUAGACAAGUACAUAGCUCAUGCUGGACAAAGAAAGUCCAACUGGCUUCUGUCUUUAUUCCAGAGGCAACAGCAGAAGAUAUUGAUCAAGGGUAUGUCAGAUGGUGUCAUCCAGGAAGCUGCUGCUAAGACAGAGGGAUUCUCAGGGAGGGAGAUAGCAAAGCUGAUGGCAAGUGUUCAAGCUGCAAUUUAUGGGAGCAAAGACUGUGUACUUGAUGCAAACCUAUUUCGUGAGGUGGUGGACUACAAGGUUGCAGAGCAUCAACAAAGAAGGAAACUAGCUGCUUCUGAAGGGGGUAGUAUUUAAGUUUUCACUUUACUCGUUCAGUUAUUUAAUUUCUUUAUUUACUGAGCAGCUGUUUGGUAGCUGGGUAUAAAAUGUGGGAUAUGCUCUGAGUCUUUGUAAACCCCCUUUUGUUUUUUGUGGGGGGUUCAUGUUGUCAUUAUUUCCCUGUUCAUCGCGGGGAGUUUUGGGAUAUUUAUCAAUAUCACGUCGUUUCAAUUACA